AUGUCGAUCGAAGAAGGAUACGUUUCCCGAACCCUCAACAACAGACUCACUGCGAACUUGAAACAGCAGCAGAAACAAGCGCCGGCCAAAGUUGUAUAUGAAAAGGCCAAUUUCUAUCUGGAUUCAAGAUAUCAUGUUGUCAGUGUGCUUGGAAAGGGUUCCUAUGGAACAGUUUGUUCAGCGGUUGAUAUCCAAUCAAAGGACAAGGUUUCUAUCGCCAUCAAGAAGGUGAGCAAUAUCUUCAACAAAGAGGUGUUGUUGAAACGUGCAGUCAGAGAGCUGAAACUAAUGUCGUUCUUCAAAGGCCACAAAAACAUUAUCAAUCUCGUGGACCUGGAUAUCGUUUACAUGAAACCCUACGACGGUCUGUACUGCUUCCAAGAGCUAGUAGACUACGAUCUUGCCAAGGUGAUCCACUCGUCUGUCCAAUUCAGUGAGUUCCACAUCCAGUGUUUCUUGUACCAAAUUCUUUGCGGGCUCAAAUAUAUUCAUUCUGCAGACGUGAUCCACAGAGAUCUCAAGCCCGGUAAUGUUCUUGUCACCAGCCAAGGUGUGCUCAAGAUCUGCGAUUUUGGGCUCGCCAGAGGUAUCUCUGAGCAAUAUAUGAACAAAAGCCAUAGAUCCAGCAACAUAACCAACUACGUGGCCACGAGGUGGUACCGUGCUCCAGAAUUAAUUCUCACUAGAAAACAAUAUGGCAAGGAAAUCGACAUGUGGGCUGUUGGAUGCAUCUUUGGUGAACUUUACGGGCGCAAACCGCUGUUCAUCGGAGACGACCAGAUGCAUCAGAUAAAUGAGAUUUGCAAAGUGCUGGGUACCCCAUCUCGUAGCGUGAUAAUCGGCUACAAUUCUACGGUGGCAUGGGAUUAUUUUGCGUCUCCCAAGCCGCAAUUCCAGAAACAGGAAUGGUCUGACAUCUAUCCGCACGCCAGUCCUUUGGCACAUGAUUUGCUUUCCAACCUUCUGUGCUGGAAGGUGGACAAUCGGUACACUGUUGAGCAAUGUCUUGCGCAUCCAUUGCUAUCAGAAGUGCGUAAUCUCGAGGACGAGCCGGUGGUGGCAGAGCCGUUUGAUUUUAGUUUCGAAUGGAAGUGUCGCACCGUCAAUGACAUGAAGGUUCUUCUCCACGAAGAGGUCGAGAGGUUCAAGCAGGAAAGAAAGGCAAAGCUCAAGUAG